GUUCACUCAUUUUCAUGAAGGAGAAAAACUCAAAUUAAAUUAACCAAAAAAUUUAAAAAAAAACAUGAAAAAAGAAAAUAACCUCCAAAGCAAGAUUUUCACCCUCAAUCUCCCUUCCCCUUAUCCACCAAGAACAAAUCAUAGCCAAAUUGUGAAGAAACAAACAGCCUUGUUUGUGAGGUAAGGCAUAAAUAAUGCCAAGCAAGUUGAAGAAGGCUAUUGGUGCAGUGAAAGACCAAACAAGCAUUAGCAUUGCAAAGGUUGCAAGCAACAACACCUCAUCCUCCAACCUUGAAGUCGCCGUCCUCAAGGCCACCACCCACGACGAUGACCCCGUGGACACCCGCUACGUUCGCGAGCUCCUCCACCUCGUCUCUGCCGACAAGGCUUAUGCCGCGGCUUGUGCGCGUGCCAUCGGCAAGCGCAUUGGCCGCACGCGAAACUGGAUUGUCACAUUAAAGUCUUUGAUCCUGGUUCUCAGGAUUUUCCAGGACGGAGAUCCUUAUUUCCCUAGAGAAGUGCUUCACGCCAUGAAACGUGGGGCUCGGAUUCUGAACUUAUCGAGCUUCUGCGACGCCUCAACCUCGAGCCCGUGGGAUUUUACGGCAUUUGUGAGGACGUUCGCGUUGUACCUUGACGAGCGGCUGGAUUGUUUCCUCACGGGAAAACUCCAGAGGAGAUUCACGCAGAGUUCGUUGGGCCUCCGCGGGCGAAGGCCCGACGAGCCCGUUCGUGAAAUGAAACCUGCAAUGCUGCUCGACAGAAUCGGGCACUGGCAGAGGUUGCUAGAAAGGGCGAUCGCCACCAGGCCGACAGGGCCCGCCAAGGCUAACCGCCUAGUGCAGAUCGCCCUUUACGCGGUGGUAGAAGAGAGUUUCAAUCUCUAUAGACCACCAAGUCCUUGCCAGCGUCGAAUUCGUACGCCGAUCUUCUGUCGUUGGACGAUUGGAACGGGGACGGCGAAAAUCGAAUGGCUGAAGGGACAGCCGCAGCGCCCGGGACUCCGUCGACAAAUCCCGAGCCGAACGAUGCAUCAACCGGGUGGGAGCUCGUGUUAUUCGAAACGCCGCCGCAAUCGGCGGUGCCGGCAUCUGGGAAUAAUUUUGAAAGUUUGUUUUGUCCGGUAACGUCGUCAUUGCCGCCUCCUCACCACCACUACUAUAAUCCUU